UUCCCUGUGCGAAGCUUAACUAGAGGCACUGAAGCGUAAUUUAGUCUAAAGGUAAUGUAAUGAAUUAGCCUGGUUGUGAAAGAAAGGUGCAGACGGCGGCAACAAUGUCAGUUAGAUCAUGGCGCACGGCGUUUCUAACCUUGAGAGACGAAUCCCUUACUUCGCCGCCGACGAUCUCCCUUCUCCGCCAUAUCAUUUUCUCACAUUCCGAUGCUUUAAUUGCCUCACUGCCUCACUUGUCUCCACAAGAAGUUUCGUCGGAUAUAGUGUUUUUGAUUCAAGCGAUUCGGAUUGUAUCGGCUUCUCAAGAGAAGGAUGAUGAAUUGGUCGAUAUUUUUCGCCACCUCUCUCAUUUGAUUUACACUGUCACUCUUCAUGUUUCUUUUGACACGAGUUUAUCUUCCUGGGAUGUUGUGAUAGGCUCUUACGAGAAACUAGUAGAUGUCAUCCUCAAAAAUUUUGUUACAAAGAAUGGUAUUCUGGGGAAUCCUCAUGUGGUCCAAAUCAUAGAACAAUGUAUUAAAACUCUGCGGAGUUUUUCUGCUUUGUAUCAGAGAACAACUUGGUUAGCAGAAAAUCCUAUACUAUUGAAUUUCCUGCUGAACAUUGUGGCAUGCUUUCAACCUGAGUUAAUCAAUGCAUCUCACUCCAGUGUUGAUUGGAGAAGUAAAUCUGAAAAUGGAAAUCGAGCAUCCAUAGUUGACAGUGUAUGGGAGGUUCAGACAAAAGUCUUCACCAUGAUUAGUGAAAUAUAUUUAAGGGUUGGGAACAUCCUACCGGUAAACCGUUGGCUAUCGGCAGUUGUGGUCUUUCGGAAAAUAAUGGAUGUCCUGGCAGCCAAGGGCUUCCUAGUGGAAGACAAUACUCUGGCCAAGUUCUACACUUCACUGCUUCAAUGCUUGCACUUAAUUCUUACAGAUCCAAAGGGAUCCCUUACAGACCAUGUCGCUGGUUUGGUAGCUGCAUUGAAGAUGUUCUUUAACUAUGGGUUUAUUCAUAAACCACAAAUUAUCUUACCUGUAUCUAGUCAAAAGAAGCAAGAUGACACUAAUAAAAGUAAAAAACAUCCAACAAAUUCUGGCCCAUACAAGCCUCCACAUUUGCGCAAAUCAAAAUCAAAUCAGAAUCAUGAAGUUUCUUCACCUGAUCUCAUGUCAUCUGACUCGGAUUAUAGUGACAGUGAUGGAUCACCAAGUGAAGCAUUUAAUAUUUACAGCUCCAAGGCCAGAGUUGCUGCAAUUGUUUGCAUGCAGGAUCUUUGUCGAGCAGAUCUUAAAUCUAUUACUUCCCAAUGGACAAUGGUUUUGCCCACCAGUGACGUGCUGCAACUCAGGAAAUGUGACACAAACUUAAUGACGUGCUUACUCUUUGAUCCUUAUAUAAAGGCACGAUUAGCAUGCGCCUCUACUCUUGCAGCAAUGUUGGAUGCACCUGUAUCUGUCUUUCUUCAGAUGGCAGAAUAUAGGGAACCUACUAAACGUGAAUCUUACAUGUCACUUUCCAGUUCACUUGGUCAGAUUCUCGUGCAACUUCAUACAGGAAUCCUGUACUUAAUCAAACGCGAACAACAUAGUAGAUUGGUGGCAUCCUUGUUCAAAGUUCUCGUUCUUUUGAUAUCAUCAACCCCAUAUUCACGACUGCCUGACGAGUUACUGUCAACAACUAUCAGAUCUCUCCAUGCAACAGUUAGAGAAGGUUAUUUAUUUAAAAGAGAUCACAACAGUGGACUACUGGCUGUUGCUAUUAAUUGCUUGACUGUAGCUUUGUCAGUAUCCCCCUCCUCAAAGGUGAAUGAUUUGUUUCUGUCAGAGCUGUCAACAGGGUUAUCUGAAUAUCAAGGGAGGUCAGGUGUUAUAUUUACCUUGUUUGGGUAUUCAGAUCCAGAAAUCAAUCCCGUUAUUAGCUUUGAGGCACUACAGGCACUUAGAGCUGUUGCACACAAUUAUCCGAAUAUCAUGGUCAUUUGCUGGGAUCAAGUUUCUUUGGUUGUUUCUCGAUUCCUGAGUCCUGUUGUUUCUAAAGAUUCAACAUGGUCCUCGAAGAGCAAUGCUGGACACUCUGCUUCUGCAAUCGAGGAAAAAGUUACUGCUGCUGCAGUCAAGGUUUUGGAUGAAUGCCUUCGUGCAAUAACUGGAUUCAAAGGAAUGGAAGACCUUUCAGAUGACAAAUUACUUGACAGCCCAUUCACAUCUGAUUGUGUCAAGAUAAAGACAGUUUCAUCAGCUCCAUUAUAUGGUUCAGGAAGUCAAGCUGUGACGAUCGAGGAACUUCAAAUGCCGAGUGCAGGAAGCACUCAGUGGUGUGUCUCUAUCGAUAGUUAUAUGCCUUUGAUUCUGUUACAUAGUUCAUACCUGGUGAGGACUGCUGCAGUUACUUGUUUCGCAGGAAUUACUUCUUCGGUGUUUUUAUCUCUUCCUAAGGAAAAACAGGAUUUUGUUCUUUAUAAAUCCAUCAAUGUUGCACUGAAUGAUGAGGUUCCUUCAGUUAGGUCAGCUGCUUGUCGUGCCAUUGGUGUCAUUGCAUGUUUCCCACAUAUUUCUCAGAGUGCAGAGAUAGUUGGGAAAUUUAUCUAUGCAGCCGAAUUCAACACUCGCAGUCCACUGGUCGCGGUGAGGAUUGCUGCAGCCUGGGCUAUAGCAAACAUUUGUGAUUCUGUCCGUCAUUCUUUGAGUGGCUACACCUCCACCCGGUGUUCUGUAGAUGCCAAGUGGAGCUCUGAGUUAAUUCCAUUACUGAUUGAUUGUGCAAUGCGGUUGACAAAAGAUGGCGACAAGAUUAAAGCAAAUGCUGUAAGAGCACUUGGAAAUCUCUCCCGAAUUGCUCAUUUAACAAGUCAAAGUCAGUUUCGUUCAUGUGAUGGGCAAGUAAAUAUUGCGAGCUUAUCAUUAGUGACAAGUGGGUGUAAUGAGCAUGUGCCACCAAUCACUGGAGAAAUUGUUCAACAAGAGUUUGCGGUUAAUUCAAUUAUGUUAGGAAGGAUGGUACAUGCAUUUCUUUCUUGUGCUAAUACUGGGAACGUGAAGGUCCAGUGGAAUGUGUGUCAUGCUUUAAGCAAUUUGUUCCUGAAUGAGACAAUAAAGCUACGAGAUAUGGAUUGGGCUCCAUCUGUGUAUAAUAUCCUUUUGUCAUUGCUUUGUAAUUCUUCAAACUUUAAGAUCAAGAUACAGGCUGCUGCUGCUUUGGCUGUCCCUGCAUCAGUACUUGAUUAUAGGAGCUCAUUCACAGAUGUCGUGCGGAGCGUGGAGGAGAUGCUUGAGAAUUUAAAUACACAACAAAUUUCAACACCAUCUAGUUUCAGAUACAGAAUAGCCCUUCAGAAGCAGCUGACGUCAACAAUGCUUCAUUUACUAGGCCUUGCUUCAGCUACUGAUCACCAACAUGUUCAUGAGAUUUUGGUUAAAAAAUCAUCCUUUCUUGAGGAGUGGCUUAGAGAAUUGUGCCUGUCUCUUGGGGAUACAAGCGGAAGUAAUGAGGAUGAACAUUUUUCCACUGAGAUACAAAAGAAAGAAGUGAUUCUUAAAGCAAUAAAAUCACUAGUUGAGAUUUUUGAGGCCAUGAACUAUCAUUCAGUUGCACAAAGAUUUGAGGACUUGGGUAGCACACUGUGAAGACUUCUACUCUGUCAUAAUUCCUUGUGUUAUGUCCGGUGUCCCCGCCCGUCAUCCUCAGUCAGAAAGACUUGGACUGUGCAAGUGAUAUUCUCGUGCCGGCUUAGAAUAUCAAGCCUGGAAGUUUGUCUGUCGACAUCUACCAUCACAGUUGGCUGUUGUAGGACUGGCUUAGUUUCUUAUGUAUCUUUUCUAGAUUGGUUAGUCAUAUAGUGUAGAUUUAAAGUGUUGGCAUAGGGAAAUCAAAAUAGGAAAAUGAUGUAAAUAGUUGUACUUUUUAAUGUACGAUUACCUAUUUGUAUGACAUAAUGAUAAUAUCAAUUUGUUAAAUUAGAUGAAGAAGCCUGCCAAUAUGUAAUCGCUGUGGUCCGUUUACAAAUCUGAACCGAAGAAUGAUAUAUGAGUGAAUUCUUCAUUAUGUAUAUUUUUGCAAUUUGAGAUGUUUACCAUUUUACAUAA